UUAAUUUGACUGGGUUUAUUGAUGUUAAGAAAAAUAAAGAUAAAGUCAUUUUGAUGUCUUGUUGACUUUUAUGUGUACGUUCCCUUAGUUUGCUGCAUUUGUGUCAACAAUUAUUUUAUGUGUUGAAACAACAGUUGAUUAAUAUUCAUUUUCCAUUAUUACUAUUAUUGACUGAGAAGUAGUCGCAUUGCUUUCAAUGAAACGCCUCUUAACUGUAAAUACAUAUAUAUAAACAGUAACAGUUUCUCACAAUUUGCUACGGUUGAAAACGAGAUAGUUUCUGCGAUUUACGUCCGCCUGGCAAAUUUCGCAACGACGGUCGCAACGAUCAAUUUAAAUAGCAAAGAGACAAGGCAAGGAAGAUUCGUCAUGUACAAUGACGUUCGGAUAUGGAAGUGGCGGCAUUCAGAUUUUAUCGUCGCGGUUAUCCCCGCUAUUGCGCUCGUAAAGUCAGAGAACUUAAAUCUCAUUUUUCACGUACGUAGCGUGACAGGUGAUCUGUAAGGAUACGGUUGCGGACUGUUUAGGACGCGACAAAUAGUCGGCGAAAUGGAAACUUACAGCGUCUAUUCGUCGCCUCUGAAAUACGACCGUUAUUAACGACUCUCUUGAUUGUGGGAAUAUACAAUUCUCGAAUUAAAUCUCGUAAUUACGAAACUUAUCAUAAGAUAUCUUGUGAGAUAUUUCAUAAAAAGUCAAAAUAAAAAAAGGAAAAAAUAAUCGAUAAAAUGGAAUAUCAAGUGUCAUAAAAGUGUCGACACUUUUGAUUGCGGAAAUUUACAAUUCUCUAAUUAAAUCUCAUAAUUACAAGAGUAUCGCAGGAAAUAUCUUAUAAGAUAUUUCGUGAAAAGUUAAAAUAAAAAAAAAAUAAUGAGACGAUUUUAAAAAUUAAUCUAAUAAAGCGCCUAUGUGAAUUGCGAUCUUGAUAUCAAGUAUCGUGUAAGUCGAUAUUCAUUUAUAUAGAGAUACUUUGCAAUUGUCAGAUGCGUGCUAGAUUAAACCGCUCGCUAUCCGCCAAUAUUCUUUAAUGAAACUUAAUUGCCGUACGCCGCGUUGUGAAACACCAUCGCGACUGUAGUUCGAACAAAGAACAGCCACAAAGUCGUAAUCGAACGAGCCUCAUAAACGUUCACGAAGUGCGCUUACCGCUCUUAACCAUUCUCGACAAGCUUGAUUAACGUUAGAAAAAUGAUGAGAGUACGGAUGAGAAUAAUCGGAGCGAGAGAAACACAAGUCGCUCCGCCUUCGGCACUGAUUAAUCGCUUUCGAAUCGUUUUUGAAAUUUCCUUCUUCUCUAGAACAGUUUCCUUGGCCUUCCAUACAAUGUACGGAGGGAAGAAAAGCAUCCCAUAUAACACAAAGGAUGUCGCGAAGAAUUAGCGUUUGCGCCACGGUGCUGCUCGUCCUAUUCGAGUUGACCACGUCGGCCAUGGUCCUGCCGAGACCACCUUCGUCACCUAAUCAUAUCCAUCAGGAUCAGGAACUAUCCGCGCGCAAAUCCAUCGAGGGCAAAUCCCUGCACGGCGUCCCGCGGAACACCAAUGUGGAGAGACCAGAUACCGAGGACUACAGACUCUUCGAGAUUGAGCUGCAGGGCGCGGACGAGAUGGACGCCGCAAAUUUGCAGAGUCUGAUGCGAACGAUGUUGAAGGAGGAGCAACGCGUCUCUGCGGAGCGAACCCCGAACGGCUACCCGAAUCCCGAGGUGAUUCCGCAUUCUAUUCUUGGUGUGCGAGAUAUGGGUCCAAGUCCGAAUUAUCGUCUGGACACCUUCGAUAACGACAAACGUCCAUCGUUGAAUCCGCCAAAGCUGCCGAGUCUUAACGAGAAGUUGUACUAUUUGAAGAGUGGCCGGCCCAAGGUCUACGUGAACGUGCGAGGACACAGCGGCUCCUUCCGCAAGGAUAUCAACGCCUCGUCCACGGCGACCCCGAGCGAAGGUGCGGUGGGAUACCUCAGGGUCACGCGACCUUUUGAGAGGCAGACCGACUGGAAGACGCGGGACAAGAAGACUCGACCACCCAAGAAAUUCGAUCGUCGCGUUGACGGUAUUGUUCUGAGAAAUGAUGAAAUCGGUAAGAAUGAUCAAACAACGUUUUAUGGAGCGGAUGAACCGUCGACCACGGAGAAUUCCAUGGUCACAUCCAGCGAACUACCUAAACAGAUACCCGCACCGCCCAGCAAAGUCUAUGGACGGAUCCUGAUGGCGCAGACCACGCCUGUGCAGAGGUAUGCACUUAGGAGGACAGAUAUCCUGCCAGGAUACGGUUUCGAAGAAUAAAAUCAAAUAUCUCUGUAAAACGAAAAAAUUAACUUCCUCGAAAAGUACGAACUUCGCGACU